CAAUUGCGUCACUUUGGGCCAGCCUUGAGCUAAUUCUAAACCGAAAUUUAUUUGCCGACGGGAAAAUGUGUCAAAAUUGGGCUGUUCCGUGAAGAUGGUCACGUCACGCCGCACGCAUUCUGACAAAAAUAAUGUGUCUUAAUUUAAGCGGCGAAAGCGUGCGGUUGAUGCCCGCACUUGGACAACUUGCGUGCUCAUUUUGAGGUUAUAUUUACAAAUUAUAUCAUGGCAAAUGUAAUUGCAAGAAGGUUUUUCAACCGGAAUUUAUUUAAAUUUAAUGAACUGGCUCAACUGGCAACACACAGCAGAUGCACGGCUACUGUCAUCAUAAAUUUUAAUCAUAAUUAUGGUACUCCCAACCCAAGGAAUCACAAGUUGCUCCAACCGUUCAAAACUACGGAAAUUCAGCACUUUUAUUCAGACUUGUCCAAAAACAAGAAAAAACCUUCGAUAUUUCAGAGGUUUAAGCAGAUGUAUAAGGAGUACUGGUAUGUCCUUCUCCCGGUUCAUCUUGUCACUUCUGCAGCAUGGUUUGGUGGUUUUUAUUAUUUAGCCAAAAGUGGUGUGGAUAUUGUGGGAAUUUUGGAAUCAUGGAACAUUAGUGAGAGGAUUGUGAAUCCCUUGAGAGACUCAAGUAUGGGCUAUGUCGCUGUUGCUUACGCUCUUUAUAAAAUAGCGACGCCUGCGAGGUACACAGUCACGUUAGGUGGAACCACGAUUUCAAUCAAUUAUCUGAAAAAGUGGGGCUACAUCAAACCAGUUCCUAGUAAAGAGAGGCUCAAAGAAAUGUACUUUGAACAGAAAGAUAACUUGUUGGAGACAGUAAGAGAGACCAAGGAAGGUUUGAAAGACAAAAAAGAGAAUAUUAUAGAGGAUUUAGAUAAGGGUAUUAAGCAACUUAAGGAAAUUGGCGACAAAAUGAAAAGUAAAGACACAGUUGUUGAUGAUGUUAAGAAAAAAGCAAAGGGGUCUAAAGAUAAGGGCUAAUUAUUAUGUUUAUAUAGUUUAUAAGAUUUAAAAUAUAUUUUAUUUAGUGAGUA